CAGCCAUUCGUUACGAAAGCAUUGUAAGAACUGCAUUUUGUAGGUGAAACAUAUCCCUCCAUUUCGGUCGCUAUACAUCCAGCGCUUAUUUAACACGAAACCAUCCACUCGUAUCAUAUACAUAUGGGCUAUGCAUUCCUCCGCCGUUAUCCUAUCCAGUCAGAGAAUGUACAUGGAUAAUGUUGGCUAAACGGGUAAUUUUGAUCGGCAAAGACGAGCAAAAGGUUGUUUAAAUGCUACACAGUUAACCCACUUUACACAUAUUGGCCACUUUAACCCUCAUUGUACAUGUCCCGAAAAAUUUUAUUGUUCCGCUUUCUCCCACUUUACCCAUUUUACAACCGAAAACCGCCGACGUUUUCCCACUUUUCCCAAUUUCGAACGGAAAACUACCCACGUUCUUACCCACAUAUCCCAGGUCCAAAAAAAUUCACUGACUGGGUAGUAGUUGAUAGUAAUGGUGAUAUUUAAAUUAUGCUGGUAGUUGUUAGUACCUAUCUAUUUCUACCGUUUUAGACACAGAUACACACGAGUAGUGUUGAGCAGACUGGCGGAAUGACUCAGUCUAACGGUGUCCCGUCACCAUCUAAAAGAGAAAGAUAUGCGGCUAGCAACACUCAUCGUCAUCAUACGUUAUUAAGUAUGACUCAGAAAACGUCGAGCGAGCUUUUCAAAGAAGUCCUAUCACCAAAGAUUCUACUUGGAAAACUCCCGAAUGUCGUAGAAAAUGCUCCUGAACCGAAUUCUCCCUAUAAACCAACGUGUAGUAUUCGUGAAGAGUAUGGUCGACCUAUUUACGGUGUUGCCUUUAAUUCGGACAAUCGGAGUCAACCAUCUGAUCCGCUUUAUUUCGCUACAGUUUCUGGUCACUAUGUUACAGUGUACCAGUGUCACUUGAAGGACGACGUUGAAGAUGCUUCAAUUGAGGAUUCUUCGAGACUGGAGCCUGUCAGUACAUUGUUGACUUUCGCUGAUCCAGCUGGUGAUGAGGAAGAGUUUUAUUGCUGUGCUUGGUCACGUGAUACAAGUGAGAGGUCUGUGUUUAACUCGUGGGGAGGUUGCAGUGAGAGUCAUCGACCUCGCCCGACUCCUCAUCAAGGUGUAAAUGAUUUUUAUAGUGGGUCAAUUAUCCCUCCGCACCAGCAGAUUAUCGCUGUGGCUGGGAAACGUGGCGUUAUCCGGAUUCUUUGCCCCAGCAUGCUAAGUUGUCUUGGUAGUCUCGUUGGCCAUGGAGGCUCUAUCAACGAGCUGAAAUUUCAUCCGAAAGAUCUCUCCCUAUUGUUUUCCUUCAGUAAAGAUUACACUAUUCGUCUGUGGAAUGUUGCCACUAAUGUGUUAAUUUGUGUCUUUGGAGGAUCAGAAGGCCAUCGGGCUGAAGUGCUGCAUGGUGAUGUAUCCCUAUCCGGUAACCUCCUGUUGUCUGCAGGGAUGGAUCAUUAUAUAAAGAUAUGGCGACUUAACACUCCUGAGCUGGCGAAUAGCAUCAGCGAAUCUUUUGACUAUCGUCUUCAUACAAAUACAAGGCCGUUCCCUGUACUGGUACAACAAUUCCCGGAAUUUAGUUCCCGUGAUGUGCACGGUGAUUACGUGGAUUGUGCGCGUUGGUUUGGUAGCUUGGUUAUCUCUAAGUCGUGUGAGAAUUGUGUUAUGCUUUGGAAACCCGGUGAACUAGAUGAUUCAUCAUACUGUACUGAUUCAUCGCCUGUCGUAUAUAGUGAGAGUGGGUCACAUUUAGCCGAUGGUGGGAUUCAGGUGACAGAUGGGUUGCGGCUUCCGGCUCGGCUGUCUGGAAUUGUCCCUCAUUCAGAAUCAGAAGAGGAAUCCCAUGCACCUGGCGUUCUGACAGAGCCCAAAGCGAGCGUCAUCCACCGUUUGAAAGCAGAGAAUUGUAAUCUAUGGUUUGUUCGUUUUGAUUUGGAUCUGAAAAAUCAGAUACUUGCUUUGGGCACAAGUAGUGGUCCGUCACGCGUGUAUUUGUGGGAUCUAAAGCAUCCUGAGAAAGCAUUCAAUCUGCCACCUCAAGUGCUUCAUCUCCCUCCAAUUAGCAGAGUUGGUCGAGGUGGUUCAUCAUCGAACCACGUGGCGAUCAGACAAAUACGUUUUGCUAAUGACGGUGAAAUUCUCUUAUGUGUAGGUGAUAAUGGUGUCAUUGUAAGGUUUGAUAGAAUGUAACUUUUGUAUAUAUUUAUUGUCAUCAGUGUUUAGUUUGAAAUGUAUCAAUAAAUCAUAUUUUUUUUAAGGAA